AGCCUCCCGGGCCCUCCCCUCGCGUUUCAGCGCACCUCACGCGAGCUCCUGCCCCGUCAACAUCGCCCACCCGUACACCCUCACUCUACCAUAUACUACUGCCAGACUACAACAAAGUGUUGUCGCAUACACCAUCCGAGCACAUUAACCGUACAACACCGCCCAACAUGUUCGGCCGCCGGGUGGCAGUGCUACUGCACACCCGACCCUCCGCCAACCUUCCCGUGACCACCCCACCGCCGUGUCAAUACGAGCUAGCACUCCGGCCGUCGACAAAGCAGACAGUCAGGACAUACGCGACACCAAGCCGACCCCGUAGCGUCGUGGGCGAACCCUCCAAAACCAUCCGGCGCGCCGUCAAACGCGCCGCACCGAAAGCGACAUCAUCCGACUCCCCCGCCAAGCAAAAAGUCGAGGCGAAGAAGGAAAGCGCCGCUGCGAAGAAGAAGACGACGUCAGAACCAAACGCAAAACCCAAAGCCAAAGCGAAAGCGACCGCCAAGCCCAAACCAAAACCAAAGAAGGUGUUAACCGACAAGCAAAAGGCCGCGCAAAAGGUCAAGCUGGAGAAACUCAAGAUCGUCGAGCUCAAGAAGGCCGCGCUUGAUCCACCGAGCCAUCGCUUCAACACGACCGCUUACCGCGCGUUUUAUGCGGAUCACGUCGCCAAGCUGAUGAAGGAGCGGCGGAGCGAGGAGGUGGCGCAGACGAUCCGCGGAGGGGCGCCGAUGAAGGAGUGUGCGGGGUUGUGGAGGGAGAUUUCCGCUGCUGAUCGGGAGCACUGGAACCACAUAGCCCACACCGACCGCGAAUCCAAACAAGCCGCCUACAAACGGUGGGUGGACGCGCACGCGCCGGAAGAAAUCGACGCGGCCAACAAAGCGCGCGCCCAACUCCGCAGGCUGUUACCCAAGCAGAAGUCGAAGUGGCCGAAACUGCCCGACGAGCGCCGCGCCAAGCAGCCGCUGAGCGCGUUCGUGCAGUUCACGGUGAACCGGAACGCGAGUGGCGACUUCAAGCACAUUGCCCUGCCGGAGCGGGCGAAGUUGAUUGCGGAGGAGUGGAGGGGGUUGAGUGGGGGGGAGAAGGAGAAGUAUCAGAGUCUGCAGAAGGAGGAUGCGAAGCGGUAUCAGGAUGAGUAUAGUAGUACGUACGGACACCCGCCACCGAGCUUCCACGAGCACGAGCAACCGCGGGCGGCUGCUGCUGCGGCGGCGUAGACGAUCUAUCCUCAUCAUAUCUGAGAAUAUCUGGAACGUUCUGCGCGCCAGUGUCCAUGUCGACGGUCUUGGAGUUGUGUUGACACGCUUGUAUCUUGCCUGGAAUGGCUCCGUGAGGCUGGCUGACUGGCUGGCCUCUUUUUUUUCUUCGCGCGGGCAAGGGGAAAUGGCAAGGCGCAUUGGAGG